UAGGCAAAACAAGACGACGCAGCAGAACGUAGAAGACAAAACGAAUGGGCUGCAAGUCCAUGUGGGAGCCGACGGGGCGGUCAAAUGUAAAUGGAACACUCAUUGCCGCUGAGCCGAGCGCAGUGCAGCGCAGACAACAACUCACAGUGCUAUCGGUUUGGUGGUCGGUCUUUAACGGUCUGUAACCCACGACGACGAUAGCAUUGGACGGUAGGCGUCGGAACGACCAACCGCCAACGAAGCAAAUGUAUAAUAAAUUGCAUGAAAAACUCAAUCAUUACGCCAGCAGCAGGGAGCUAAUUUAGUUACACACAUCACCAGCUAACAGCCAGCCCACCGCCUUGGCAAGCAGCAGGGCCAACCCAUCAGCCGGUCAACUGCUGGCUUGUGAUUUUGGGGGCUCAGAUUGAAUGACUUGUUCACACUGUGGUGUCGCAGCAGCAGAGGCAGAGGCAGCUACAACAACAACACUCUGAAUUAAUUUCAUUCACAGUUCUCAUCAACAACAGCAACAACAAAUCCAUCUUCAACAAGAACAAGAGCAACAACAACACAUACUAUUAUUAUUGGCAACGCUGUUUCAUUUGCAUUUGCUUGCAGCCACCAACAGCUUGAGGAAUAACCAAAGACACGACGCAGUUGGGGUCCGGUGCGCAAAGGAAUGAUCGUAUUAGUCGCUCUGACAGGCAAAGUGACGGUACCAGUAAGACAGCUUAUGCCAUAGUCGCCUUGGUGUCACUAUAACUUGCCGUCAGUGGAAUAGCAACAAAUCACUGUCAAAGGGCUCAUUGUCAGUAGAGUGUGUGCAUUAGAGUCGGUCGAACUUUGCAGACUCUAUAGUUUAGUUUCGGAGUAGUGGAGCGUAGGCUAGCGUCCGCUUGACGUUCCGUCGCUUGUGACAUUUUGCGAUAGUAAACAUCUGGCUGUUUGUUGUCCUUCGUCGCUUGUCGUUCGUCGUUCGCUGUGCGCCGUGCCAACGUCAUUCGUCGUUCGAAGUUCGAAGUGUACCCAAAGGCGUUUGUUCGGGCGACUGUGGCGUUGGGUGGGUGAUGCCAACCCAUUGAGAGCAAAUGAUGAAGCACAAGGGUUCCAGUUAUUGCUGUCGCUGGUUCACACUUUUCUUGCUCGCCAUGGGCAUUGUUCUUGUUUCGCCAGAUAUACACACGAAUUUUGCUGAACACAAUAAACAAACGACAACCAAAGGAACAACAGCAAUCAUAACAAAAACAACAAUAACGUCGACAACAACAACAACAAUGGCAAAAGCAAAUACAUUGCGUACAAUGAAAAUGCUUGAAGCAAAGGGUUUCAUUGACGCCAACAGGUACAAUGUCAACGAUAAGAACAACAACAACAAUAACAAUAAUCUUAACAACUACCAUUCAAAUAUGGUGAUUGCGAACAGCAACAGGAACAGUAAAAACAGCGACAAAACGUACAUUAGUGCACCGAGCAAGCCGGAGCUGUGGCAUCAGCAAUUGCAGCAGUUAGCGGAUCGAGCGGCUCCGGCGGAGAAGGUGGAGCCGGAGCCGGAGCUGGAACAAGAACUGAAGGAACAUAUGGUUUCAACGCCUCAGUCGAUGACAAUAAUGGUCGAAAACCCCACAACAAGCCCAGCAGCAGCAGUAGCAAGAACCACAACAACAAUAAAACCAAAAACAACAACAAUAAUCAAUCCAACAACAAUAGCAACAAAAACGCUAAGCGUCAGCACGGCAACAACGUUAGCCGCAAGUAAACCGACGACGCCCACAAUUACAAUAGCAACAAGCGCAAUCACAACGCGACACAGUGGCAGCACAAUAAAGUUGCCGCCUGACAACAUGGCCAAUAUAAAUGUCAGAGGCAUAAAUGCGAAAGGCACAAUGAUAUAUAAGCAACUGCUUCAAAGGCAACACAAACAACAAAAACAACAACAACAGAAGCAGCAGCAAUAUUGGCAGCAUGAAAAGCAGCACCAACAACAGCAAUCGCAACGCAAACAGACACUGGCUGUUGUUGCGGGCAAUAGAAGCGCAAAGCAACCGCAAAAAUACAUCGGCCAUACUUUGAUGGGCGACAGCGGCAGCACGCAGGCAUCCGCAGCGAUGAUUGUGGCAACGCCUGUGGGACGUGGCGGCGAGUUGGCGAAUGUGACAGCUACAGCACAAACGCAAAUAGCAAUCAACGGUAAGAGCAGCAGCAACAGCAACAGCAACAGCAACAACAACAAUAACCGCAAUCGCAGCGGCAUUGUUGAUGGCAUUACAACGCCAAUAACUGCAACAACAACAACAACAACAAGAAUAACACUAGUAGACACAUUCAUAAUAACGCCAACACCAACAACAACAAAAACGCUAACAACACAAAGCAAGCAAUUUGAGUCAGCGCGCAUUCUAUACGAUUACAAAGCAACCGACGCCAACGACGCCACCGACGAAUGGAAGCACACGUCGGAAACGGAUGCGCAAAUGAUUGUGGCAGGGCAUGAGGAAAUGGAAGUGGUUCGUCAAUAUCAACAUAAAUUUUCCAGCUCAUACUUAGACGCCGCCGGCAACAAAGACCACGCUGCUGCGGCGAACUACGGCAACACACACAGCUUUGCGGCGCUCGUACAAAUGUCGGCGAAGCAGCAACAACAGCAGCAAAAGCAGCAGCGCAAUCGCUGGGUGCGUCAGGCGGAGGAGGAGCCGAUAGACAAAUGCCGCAAGUUUAAUGAGGGUGAUGCGGCGAAAAAUGAAUUCUACAGUCCCGAUUAUCCGAACGAUUACCCAAAGAACAUCAGUUGUACACGCGUGAUUAUAGCGCCGCCAGGACAGAUAAUCCGUUUAGAUUUUCGUAAUUCAUUUCACAUUGAAGCGAAAGAGGAAUGCAAAUUUGAUGUUCUCGAGAUACGUGAUGGCCAGUACGGCUUCUCGAACUUACUCGGUAAAUUUUGUGGUACGGAUUUUCCACCGGAAAUCACAUCCAAGGAACGUUACCUCUGGUUGCAUUUUCAAUCGGAUGAGAGUAUCGAGUAUUCGGGUUUUACAGCCGUUUACGAAUUUAUGGAUCGCAGUAAAGAAGCUCCCACCACCGAUCUGAACUGCACAAUCGAAAAGUCGGGUUUCGAGGAUUUCGUCAACUCCACCGAUGUGCCCGAAGAAAUUCGUGAUACUGCGAUUAAAAAUCGAGUGCCACUAGAUUGCAUUUGGCGCAUACAGGUGCAGGAGAACUGGAAGAUACAAAUGAAAUUCGUGGAUUUCCGUUUAGUCAAACCGAAUGACUGUGAAGCGAAUUUCUUGGACAUAUUUCCCGAACAAACCAUCAUGCCUCUUAGGAAAAAAAACUUUUGCGGAUCUGCUGGUGAGGGCAUCACAUCCGAUUCGAACACGCUCAAUAUUCGUUUCUUUGCCGAGCCAGCGGCCAUCAAUUCAACAUUCUCCAUUUUAUUUACGGCUUUUCGAGAUAAAGGAUCAGGAACUUGCACUGACGAAGAAUACGAUUGUGAGGAUGCCACAUGCAUUGACCGCAAACUCAAGUGUAAUUUACGUGACAACUGCAAAUUUCGUUGGGACGAGGAGGGUUGUAAUAAAGAGACCUCGGAAGUAUCUGAGCAUAUUUACAUUAUCAUGGUUGUCUUCGGUCUAAUCUUGGGUGGCAUGAUUUUGACAUUCCUAGUGAAUUGCGUACGCAAGAUAAUGCAUGAUCAGAAAAUCAUACGGGAACACAUACGUCAGUCGAAGGAGAGCAAGCUGAACGAGUUGGGCCGCAAUUCGAAGGCGCGCUCAAGGGAGAAUUUGUCGAGCACAAUGCCGAGACCCAAGCAUUCGCAGACAUCGCUGCAAAUACUUAACGACGCAUCGAACCGUUAUUAUCGCGAGGUGGUGCCCAUGUCGCGCGCCAGCAGCAAAAGCGAUCUCAAGGAGCGUGAACACAGCAUUCUGCGGCAACGCAACGACAUCGUGGUGCAGACGAGCUUCUGCAUGGAUGACAACAGCUCCGAGGCGACGGUGGAGGCAGCGUUGGCGGCAAAUGCCUGCGAUAUGGGCUGUCAGACGCGCGAAUCGCUCUUCGCCACCCCGCUGAUGCACCAGAACUCGAUGGGCUCGCUAAAGGACAAGGCCAGUCUACAUUCGCGUUCACGUUUCUCCACAUUCGGCUACGACACCGCACAGCCGACGCCACCACCACCAUCGCAGCAGCCAGCUAGCGCCCGUGGCGGCCAACUAACGGGACUAAAUAUACGCGAGGCGCGGGAAUACAUUGAGAUGCGCGAGCGACAUCCCGGCCCUAAGCCCAAAAUGCCGCAUAUGCAUCGCAUGGAUGCACUGCCGCCCACACCGCCCACGCCAGCUGCGCCGCCGGAGAUGUGUCACCAUCAUCAUCAGCAUGCCGCACACACGCAUGUACACACGCAACAGCAACAACAGCCGCAGCAGCCACAGCAACAGCAAUCACGCCAGCAAUCAGCGCAGCAACAGCAACAGUUGUCGAUGCAGCCAACCAAGGAGAGUGCGGGCGGCGGUGGCGGCAGGUCAACCGCGGCAGCAACAACAACAGUAACCACGGCGAUAUCAGCUCAGGGAAAAGGCAAGCCAAAGCUAAGUCAAUCGACAGCUUACAUAGACAUUAGGAAUUCAGCGCCGGAUGUCAUCAUAAUGACAUCACAUUGACAUUUAAGUAACUCAGCGAAAAUCACGCCAUAUCCACAUGGGAGCGCACAACAGCACCAGCAACAACAACACAAACGCAUUAGCACACUCGAGCGACUAUGGGAAUGUGCUGGCAGCAGCAAAACGGCCAACGUCGGUGCUACGGAGCGCGAAUUUGAGUGAAAAACGCACACGAAUAAGGAAGUCAUUUGGUUCGGUAAAGCUUUUAAGCGCACGGAUGUGCCGACACAUACCCAAACACACACACAUGCUCAAUGUCGGUAGCUUGAAGUCACACAGCUUUCCUUAUUAAAUGCUUGAUAUGCGAAAGGCGCAUACGGCGCAAUUAUAUUGAGGUUAUGUUGGCGCAGGAAAUCGAUGAAUUUCAUUUCGCAACGCUUUAAUAUCACAAAACAUGUAUUAUUAACCAUAAAUAUGUAUGAAAGUUCAAUUUUUAAUAUAACACUGGUCCUUAAGCCUAGUUUAAGCGAGAUUACUCGAUUCAUGCUUUAAUGACUUGGCGGAUUACCGUGUUUUACAAUACCUACUUUUUUUCAAAAAAAAAAAGUGUUUUAAGUGUAAGUUUUAAAUUAUACAAAUUAUUAAU